AUGAUGUGGGUCACACUGCAGAGGGCUGGUCUCCGCUGGCCCAGUUUCACCUCCAGGCACCCUUUUUGCGUGCUUCCCGUAUUGUCCGCUUGUACUGUGCUGAGUACUGUGCUGACACGCACUGUUGUGUGGAGAGCAGCUUCUACGGUGCUGACACAGAUUUCUUGUGCCAUGGCCAUACUGUAUGGUGUCAGUAAGGCGUUCUCUAAUAUCGGUAUUGCUGCCUUAUAG